GCUAUGUAGUCCCGAGACGGUUUGCCUCUUCGAUCGUUACUAACCCCAAAAUGGACAUCAGGACCCUACAUCCACGACUGGCAUCUUCCCCACCAAUGUCGUAAGUAUCCCAUGCGGGGCGGUGGACUGAUUUCGUGCAUGACUCUGCGGUUGGAUUCGCCAUGGGAAUUAUUUUGCCAAUUGAAGUUUGCGCUGCGCUUAGUUUCGGCUUCUAUGAUGGCAGAGCACAGUGAAAUGGUCCGUUAUCGCGAGCGCAAACAGCCUUAAGAGGAGUUCCUCCUACAUUCUUUGGGAACCAAUUAUCCAAACCUAUACUCUUCAACUCUUUUGCAAUGGCGACCUCCCAGCGUGUUGUGAUUAUUGGCGCCGGUGUCGUCGGCACCAACCUCGCUGAUGAGCUGGUCUCACGAGGAUGGAACAACAUCACGGUGAUUGAGCAGGGCCCAUUGAGCAUGCCUGGUGGUUCAACGUCACAUGCGCCUGGCCUGGUAUUCCAGACGAACCCUUCCAAAACGAUGACUUUACUCGCCAAAUACACCGUCGAGAAGUUCUCAGCGCUCGAGAAAGACGGACAGAACUGUUUCAACCAGUUGGGUGGCUUGGAGAUCGCGACAAUCCCAGAACGAUUGGAGGAACUCAAGCGCAAACACGGAUACGCACAAUCAUGGGGCAUCGAAGCGCACUUGAUCAGCCCCGAAGAAUGUCUCAAGAAGUACCCUCUCCUUAACAAGGAUAUGGUGCUAGGUGGUCUUCACAUUCCAAGCGAUGGCUUGGCACUAGCAGCUCGCGCGACACAGCUACUUAUCGAAAACACACGCAACGCGGGUGUCAAAUACCUCGAGCAUACCGUCGUUACCGGAAUCGAACAAGCGAACGGUCAGGUCACCGGUGUGACAACGAACAAUGGUUCUGUACCGGCGGAUAUAGUUGUUUCGUGUGCUGGUUUCUGGGGUGUGGAGAUAGGAGCCAUGAUUGGACUCAAGGUCCCUCUUCUUCCUCUAGGGCACCAGUAUGCGAAGACUACGGCUGUACCAGGCCUCCAGAACCGCGAAGUCAACAAGAAGAUCAACGCCAUGAACGCCGAGUUGCCCAUAUUGCGACACCAAGACCAAGAUCUAUACUACCGAGAGCAUGGGGAGCAGUAUGGAAUUGGUUACUAUGGUCACCGGCCGAUGCCUGUCAAGGCCUCAGAUCUGGGUGUAACACCGAAACACGUUGAUGAGAAGCAUAUGCCUUCUCGCCUAGAUUUCACACCAGAAGACUUUGAGCCGGCCUGGAAAGCUACCAAAGAACUGCUUCCCAUUCUCCGCGAGACUGAGAUCGCUGACGGCUUCAACGGCAUCUUCUCUUUCACACCAGAUGGUGGAUCCGUUGUCGGACAAGCACCCAACCUCGAUAACUUCUGGGUCGCCGAAGCUGUGUGGGUAACACAUUCGGCCGGUGUAGCUCGAGCUGUCGCAGAGACCCUUACGGAGGGUCGUUCGACUGUCGACAUUGCGGAGUGCGAGUUAACACGAUUCGAGGAAGUACAGCUCAGCCCAGAAUACGUCAGCGAGACAUCACAACAGAACUUCGUCGAGAUCUACGACAUCAUCCACCCCCUCGCACCGAAAGAGAACCCUCGAAACCUUCGCGUCAGCCCGUUCUAUACUCGUCAACAGGAGCAAGGCGCUUUCUUCCUAGAAGUAGGAGGCUGGGAGCGUCCACACUGGUAUGAAGCGAAUGCGGAUCUGGUCAGCACCUUGCCGGAUGAAUGGAAGCCGGUCGAUCGCGAUGCUUGGUCAUCCAAGUUCUACUCGCCAAUCGCUGCGGCCGAGGCUUGGAAGACACGAAACGCAGUAGCAUUGUACGAUAUGACUACUUUCCAUCGAUUCGAGGUCUCCGGUCCUGGUGCUGUCCACCUGCUUCAGAGAUUGACGACCAGUGAUGUUUCCAAGCAGCCUGGCGCUAUCACCCAUACUCUCCUUGUCAAUGGCCACGGCGGCGUACUAAGCGAUAUUUUUGUGUCCAGGAUCGAGGAAGACCUGUUCCAAGUAGGCGCCAACACUGCGACCGAUCUUGCCUACCUCGCACGCGAAGCACGUCGUCAACAAAAGCACACACCUAGUCAGUGGGCUCAGGUACGAGACGUCACUGGCAGUACAUGCUGUCUUGGUCUUUGGGGUCCUCGCGCUGGGGACGUUAUCCGCACAAUCAGCUCGGAUGAUUACAGCAACAAAGGCUUGCCGUAUAUGGGUGUUAAGAAGACGAGCAUAGCUGGAAUUCCCGUCACGAUGUUCCGAAAGUCCUUUGUCGGCGAAUUCGGUUGGGAGGUUCAAACCACACCUGAAUAUGGCCUGCGCCUCUGGGACUUAUUGUUCCAGUCGGGCAAGCCCCACGGUCUAGUUGCUGCAGGUCGCGCCGCCUUCAAUGGACUACGAAUCGAGAAGGGUAUCCGAGCCUCAGGUUCAGACAUGACUUCUGAGCACAACCCAUGGGAGGCUGGCGUGACGUACGCGAUCCAGAUGGGCAAGAAGGCGGAUUACGUUGGUAAAGCGGCACUAGAGCAGCUUUCUAGGAAGGCAGCAUCUAAGCGACUUAGAUGCCUGACUGUCGAUGACGGACGAUCCAUGGUUCUGGGUAAAGAGCCAGUCUUCGUGGAAGGCGAAAGAGCUGGUUAUGUUACCAGCGCCGCUUUUGGUUACACGGUACGCAAGCCUGUCGCAUAUGCAUGGCUUCCGAGCAAUGUAAGCGAAGGAAAGUCUGUGGAGAUUGAGUAUUUCGGCAAGAAGAUCAGGGCCACAGUAACUCGAGACCCAUUGCACGAUCCUCAAGAACAGCGUCUGAGGGGUGAAGGAUCGUCCGAAAAGCCGGAGUUGCAGAAGAGACUGAAGUCGUUGUUGUAGGGAGGUUGCUGUAAUGUUUGACGACUUUUAUGAUUGCAUAUGAGCAUCGAAAUGGCGUGGCUGGGUUAGCCUUUAGGCGUUCGUCGACUGUAUCCGUAGUCUUGUGUUAUAUGUUAAAUUUGAUCCGUUCUCACUUCGACACGUGCUUCUGUGCUUGUAUCCUGGGCAUACGCCAAUGUUUAGAGUGUGUUGUGUUCUGAGUGGACUCCAUAGUUGAAGCGAACGCGUUUGACAGAUGCAGCUUGACGCGUUGCGGAAGUGGGCCACCGGUCACGUGACUAGUGGCAUACCUUAUCGAUAACAAGCAGUAAC